CCACAGACAGCGGGGACAGCGGCUCCGGGACCGCCGCCGAGCAGCGGCACCGCACAGCGGAGCGGCGGCAGCGGAGGAGGAGCAGAAGGAGCAGCAGCAGCGCGCGGUGCCGGGAGCCCCGGCCGGCGGCGCUGCCCGAGAUGUCGGGGGUGCUGCUGAUCGCUGCCUGGUGCUUCCUGCAAGCGGAGAGCCGGCAUCCUGAAAUCAUCACGAGUAACAGCAAUCAUGGCAAUUUCCUGGACAACGACAAAUGGCUGAGCACCGUCUCGCAGUACGAUAAGGACAAGUACUGGAACAAAUUCAGGGAUGAUGAUUAUUUCAGAAACUGGAAUCCAAACAAGCCAUUUGAUCAAGCCCUCGAUCCCUCCAAGGAUCCCUGCCUGAAGGUGAAGUGCAGCCCACACAAGGUGUGUGUCACCCACGACUACGAGACCGCAAUCUGUGUGAGCCGCAAGCAGCUGGUGCACAGCCUUCGACAAAAGAAAGGCAACUUGGCCCAGAAGCACUGGACUGGGCCAGCCAACAUAGUCAAAUGCAAGCCCUGUCCCAUGACACAUUCCAGCCCUGUCUGUGGAUCUGAUGGACACACCUACACUACCAAGUGCAAGUUGGAGUUUCAUGCCUGUACUUCUGGCAAAACCAUCACAGCCCGAUGUGAAGGGCCCUGCCCCUGCCUUCCAGGACGUGAAAGCUCAAAACACAAGGUGGAGAAGACUGCUUGCACAGACAAGGAGCUGAGGAGCCUGGCUUCGAGGCUAAAGGACUGGUUUGGUGCUCUCCACGAGGAUGCCAAUCGUGUCAUCAAACCCACGAGCUCGGAGACGGUGCAAGGCAGGUUUGACACCAGCAUACUACCAAUCUGUAAGGAUUCCUUAGGCUGGAUGUUCAACAAACUUGACAUGAACUAUGACCUGCUGCUGGAUCCCUCAGAGAUCAGUGCCAUUUACCUGGACAAGUACGAGCCCUGUGUCAAACCCCUCUUCAACUCCUGUGACUCCUUCAAGGAUGGAAAGCUUUCCAACAACGAGUGGUGCUACUGCUUCCAGAAGCCAGGAGGUCUUCCUUGCCAGAAUGAAAUGAAUAGAAUUCAAAAGCUAAGUAGAGGGAAGAGUCUGUUGGGUACUUUCAUCCCCCGGUGCAAUGAAGAAGGUUAUUACAAAGCCACUCAGUGCCACGGCAGCACAGGGCAGUGCUGGUGUGUUGAUAAGUAUGGGAAUGAGAUAGCUGGCUCCAGGAAGCAAGGGACAGUCAGCUGUGAAGAAGAGCAAGAAACCUCAGGGGAUUUCGGCAGUGGUGGAUCUGUUGUGUUGUUGGAUGAUUUGGAAGAGGAACCUGAAGCGACAAAAAAAGACAAAGAAGGGAAACUGAAGAUUCAUGUAAGAGCAGCUAAUGAAGAUGAUGAAGAUGAAGACGACGACAAGGAUGAUGAGAUUGGUUAUAUAUGGUAGUGCCCAUCAUGAUGAGGACUCACAUUUUGCACAAUAUUGCAAGUCACAUCAUAUCUCUGCAAUUGUAUCUGAGAGUACCUGGCACAAAUAUUCCCUCUCUACUGAGUUUAAUUUUGUAUAGUCUAUUUAAUUUGGAUGACAUUUUUUUUUUCUUUUUUUCCCAGCAAGGACUGUUUGGAAUACAGCUUUUGUUCGGUUGGUUUGGGGGAUUUUUGUUCUAUCCACAGGGGCAAUGAGUUUUGUUUCAAAACCAUUUCGUGUCUUAAUCCUCACUUGCACCACUUACAAAAUACAUCCUGUGAAAGGAGAAUCCCAGAAGGGGCUCAACAAACCAAUACAAGGCUUAGAAGCCCUUCUCAUGUGAGAGAAUUUGUGUCAUAAAUUGUUACCUGGAUCGUAUCAGAAACAGUUUUUUUCUUUCAUGAAGAAGGAAAAGGAGGUGCCUCAUUUUCUAGCCCAUAUUUGUGAUGUUCCAGUAAAGUCUCUUCAGACAGUGGCUGCCUGGUACCAGGGGUUUCAUCCAGAGAGAAACCCCCUGGCAGGAUUUUCUCUUUCUUACAUACUCUGAGUCCAACAGGCUUAGUCCAGCUCACGCUGAAGGCAAAGCUCCCCCCCAAGCACAGAUCACUGACACUGUUUAUUUGACAAAGAAACAUGGUCUGGAUGUUAAAGAGAUGCUGAGAACCUGCAGCUAUUAUGGACCAAGCCCUACAGGCAGGGAACAGAGUCCAUCUGCCUUUCAGAGUGCUUAAGGAGAGUUUUGUUUGUUUGUAGCAUCAUGAGCACCUCCACAGCAGCCCCUCAGCUUCUGCCUGAACUCAUUUGCACUCAGAGUUUCCCCAAUGUCACAAAAGCAGCCUCUGCUUGCAGCUCACACGCUGUGGAGCUGCCUGUUCCUCAUUUAGCAACCCCUCAUCCCAAAGUUAUAACACUGUCAGACACACUAACCAUCAGAAGUAAUAAGCUGUCCUUUCUUUAAUUUAAGGAGUUAAUAUUUAUUUGGCCUGUUUAAAAAAGCAACUUUAGGGGGUCAUAUUUCAAAAGGAUAACCCCUUUGCACUGCACGCUUGUAAUACACACUCCUAAAAAAGAAUAGUGUUAAAAUCCAAUCUGUGAUUCCCUCAACAUCUCCCAUAUAUUAAAAGGUCUUGUAUCACAGCAUAUUGACAUUAAAUUUUUUGCAGUGUCCUUUCCCACGGCAGUUCUCUGAUGCUGUGGUGACCUUUUAUUAUUUUUGCUGUUUUCAGAAGCAGUAAGAGGAACCUUAACCCCACGCUUGCAUUAGAAUGCAGGUGUAAGUAUUUUAGCAGUGCCUGUGGUUUGCCAGUGAAUUAUUUUGCAGAAUGAAAAAUGUGCUUAUUACACCAAAAACUAAUUAGAUAGGUUUUUUGUUUGUUUUUUUUUAAUUCUGAGUUAAUGGUGGACAUAGAGAUGGAGACAUGGUUGGUUACAUAGUCACUUGGAAGCAGGAAAAUACCAUGCUGGUUGGCAAAAGUCAGUUUUUAGGUACAUUGGCACAAGGCCUUUGGUCCUCAGCCCUCCCAAAAUCAGUGCCCACCUGGCAGGGCUCUGGGUAGGACCUCUGCUUUCAGUCAGGAUCAAAAGAGGAACUUUCAGGCACUAUGUGCUGCAGGGGCUCAGUUGUUUUCCCCCUCUCUCAUUUCCCAUUUAUCUAGAUCAAUGGCCUGAGAACAAAAUAAAAACGUGCAUAAUCAUUAUUAAUGCAGAAGGAUGUGUAAAACCAGGAGGAAUUUGUUGUUUCACGCCCCUGCAUCCUCCCAAAAAUCUGCCAUCACAGUCAUUUGCAGAAGGCCUGCAAUCUGCCCUGCCUCAAAUCCCUUUGGUUUUUCUGUAGCUGUAGAAAAAUAUAUUUAAAAAUCAUUGUCCAAGAGCUGCACAGCACAUACACACACAUUUAUACACUUUUCUAGUUGCCUUUCAUGGGAAAUCCUGCUGACUUGCAAAAGGAACAGAUAAACCAGCAUUUCUGUUUCCCUAAACAGUAUGAUUUUGUGAGAAGCAAUUGAACAUUGUCAGAAGGUUUCUUCUCAAAUGUCCUGUUUCAUUUUCUUUUGCUAUUUUCUUACUUAACCCCUCCCUGCCUAGGUCUGGCUCUGCUGUGCCUGAGGCACAGAGCUGCCACUUCACCCUGACACAAACCUGAGCUCCACAAUCAGCAGGGUUAUGCUCAUCCUCCUGCCUGGCCUCAUUUUCCACACAAACCGUGGGGGUUUUGGGCAGUCCUGGUGCCCCCUUUGCAACAGCUGGUCCUGGACUAUGCCUCACAGCAAGGUCACAGAGCAAAUCCCUUCUCCUGCCCAGCAGGGUCAAACCAAGUCCUUGCAGGCAGUACCAGGGGCAAGGCUGCAGCCCUUUGUAUCACAUGUAAACGUGCAAGAUGGCUAAACUAAAGCUGUUAAAUAAGUCUUUAAAAGAGAAUAUGGCCACCUUUCAGCUUACAUGAGCAGACAUGGCCCCAUCAUCCAUUUUUCAGGUCUCCUACCUGUGAUCUUUCACAUGCAAUGCUUCCAAGUCAGAGCUGGCAGGGUUUAUACCUUUAACUAGAAACCAAUUCCUGUCUCCAGUUGGGUGCAACUACAGGGGAGUAGUGUCCAAUCCCAGGUGUUCCUGGGAGGACAGGCUGUUGUGCUUGGAAGGGCAGCUCAGACCAUGGAUUUCUUUGAGAGCAAGUCCCCAGUUAUUGCAAAGCUGUUUAGCAAAGCCCUUUUGAGAUCCACUGGAAUCCUCCAGUGGUGGGGGAUCUGCAGCCUCUAUAUAUACAUAUGUAUAUCUGUGUGUGUGUCUGUGUAUAUACAUUUAUGCACAUAUAUGUGUGUGCAUAUGUGUGUGUGUGUGUCCAGUUUGGGAAGAUGCAGUGAGAAAAAUCUAUUUCUUUAAAAGAAACCAGCGAUUCUACCAAGAACCAGUGCUCUUCCAGAUCGAGCCCCUUCCAUUCUUCACGAUUUGUAAGGGAUUUAAUUUGCUUCCAGCUUAAUUUAAUGCCUUUCUUUUUCUCUUUUCUUUUUUCUUUUUUCUUUUUUUUUUUUUUGCAAAGCAGGACUUCCCAUCUGAAUCAAGUCAUCGACCUUCCAAACAUUUUCUCAUUGUGAAAAAUGGAAUCAGAGUUCUCCCAUUCUUUUAGAGACACAAACCAAUUUCUUAAUCUCUUUUUCUUUCCAUAUUAGAGACUAUGAGAUACUGUUAGGUGUUGCUCUGUGUUUCUUUUAACUACUGUGGUUAAAUCAAAAUGCUGAGUUCAGAUUUCAGCACAGUUGGAUUUUUUGGAGUCAUUACUGGCCUUUGCUGUGAACACAAAGAAUCCUUUUCAUUUUCUUUGCCUUUUUUUUUUUCCUUAAGCUAUUCUGUGCUAUUAUUUUAAACCAUUCAAAGUGUUUAUUUAAUAUUUAUUCUACAGUUUAUAUCGAAAAUGUAAAGUUUAUAUUUAAAACAACACUGUUUGUUAGUGAAUGCUUCUCUUUGCCUCUCCAGCCUAGUCUGUUAGUCUCAGUGUACAUUUCUGGCAUGGGAAUAUUUUGAUAUUAGAAGUUUUGUAGCCUUUUUCCCCUCAAGCAGCAACUGACACAGAUCUAAGGUCACCACUUUAUCCAGACCACCAGAUCUCUCAAGCUUAGCUUCCCACAUUUGUUGGCUUUUCCUGCGGUCCCUUCUGUGUGUCAUUCGGGUUCCUUUCAUCCACAGACUGCUUUGUACAGUUACUAUACAUCAAAAAGCCCUUUCUACAGUAGGUGGGUUUUGGUCUUUUUAUACUUUUCUCAAUGCUGUUGAUGUCUGUUACUGUUCAAUGUGUAGAUCUGUAAGGAGAGAUCCAAAUAUUCCGUGUUUCAGUUCGAUGUCCCUACUGUAGAUGGAUGUAGACUAUCAUAGUAAGUAGAACUGCAUAGUAAAUUCUGAAUGCUUUUUCCAUAAGGAGUUAAGUGGAAUGUGAGCAUUUUGCUACCUUUGGUUAACUGUAAAUGCUUAACUGUAGUCUGAAAUAGUUGCAUUUUUGUCUGUCUCAAUAAAUUUUAAUUUGUCUGCGA